UUCUUCCUCUUCACUCUUUUCUCAGCAGUGCUGCUAUCCAAUCGAAAAUUCCAUCCCACUAUACAAUUGAGUUACAUAGGUCCUUUCCACGGCAAUAACACCGCCUCAUUCUCUCGCGAAUAUGACACCGUCUCUGAGAGACCACUCGUCCUUCGUUCGCCCAUCCACCCGCGACCGCCCAUCCACUCGUGAUCAAGGGGAAAAUUCGCUGGUCGUCCCUAGUCGCACAUCGUCCCUCCAUUCUCGCAUCACACAACCCAUCUCGUCGCAGAUGAAUCUGAAACCCACUCAACGAACACCAAAGACUCUUACCCAUGCCUACAUGGUGUGUGGUGUGGGCCGGGAGCCCUCGCAGUGGGUGAAGGCACCCACUCCCUCCCAAGGAAAGAUCAGCCACAUGAAAGGCGCUGUGGGCCAGUAUUGGUUACCCGAGAUCUUAGGAAGCAGCCCCCGCUUGGAACAAGAUAAUGAGAUUGCCAAGGCUCUGCAUUCCGCCAUGAGGGCGUGCUUCCCGCACGAUGUCGAAAUCUGUACCGGCAAGAACCAGCCGCACUGUGUUCACCAUGCGUUCGUCCUGCAGCAGGAUUCCUCUCAUACGCUCUAUGGCAUUGCUUUGCGCGUCUGGUCCAGGGCCGACGAGAAGCGGGCCGAAACGAUUCGCGAACUGCGCAAGAAGACCGAAUCGGAUUUCUACGAUAACCCCGAGGAGACUUACUGGAUCCCCUACUGUUUGAGUUUCCUUUCCCGAUAUCCCCUGUACGAUCUACUCGGUGAUUAUCUUCGUGGAAUGUGGAUCCACUGGAACAAGGCCACCAAUCUGUUCCAUGCCGAGGAAGUUUCCCGCAUUCUCAGCUUCCCCGCGCCCCGUCUCAACGAUCUGGUCCGCAUCGAUAUGAAGGAUUAUGCGCUGUGCUACCAGUUUCCUUCCUCCCCGACUGGCUUCCAGAAUUUCUCCAUGUGGCCCCUGUUUACCUGCUUGUCGAUUCCCAACAUUGUCGGCGUGGUGGAGGCCGCGGUUUCGCCCACUCGCCGCAUCAUUUUUGUCAGCCACCAUCCGGCCAUGCUGACCAUUGCCGCGGAGACCAUCCGUUACUGCGUUCGAAUCUACGAGUGGAGCGGCUUGUAUGUGCCCGUGGUCCAUGCCCGCCACACCAAGGACUUGGUCCAGGAACCGGGCCCCUACAUUCUGGGCGUAACUGCCGAGUGUCGAACCCUGUUCAAUGCCCCCUCCGAUGCUCUGGUGGUGGACCUGGACCACAAUUUCGUUCUGACAUCCAGCCCGCCGAACAUUUUGAACCCCGGUCAGCGGACCAAGUUUAUCAGCCGCCUGACCCAGGCUCUGAAUGGAGAUGUUUCGCCCUCGGGGGUUCCAAACCACCUCCGCUCCGCUUAUGCGGGCGGCAAGCUGAUCCCCGCGGGUCAGAUUAUUGUGAUGAGAGGCGAAGUCGAGAGUGUUCAAGAUCCCACCUGGUGGAACCAGGAUGCAGUGAUGGGAGUCAUGGACCAUGUUUGCGAGAAAUUGGGCCGCAAUACGGGUAUGAAGGCAAUCUUCGGUGGCUCUGUGAAGAAGCCGCUUAUGACUAAGGUGUCCAUGCGUCACCUGAAUGAACUCGUUCGUGAGCGUAACCAGUACUCUCGCGAUGCUAUGGAGGCAUGGCAAGACUUUAUCAACCUGAAGGGCCGUAUGGACACUGAGUUGACCAAGGUCACGAAGCGCAACAACUUUUUAGUCGAAGAGCUUGAGACCUGGAAACAGCAAUUCCUCAAGUUCCAGGCCUUCGCGGAGCAGCUCACAAAGGAGACCUCCGAACUGAAGGUCAAAAUUGAGAACCACAAGCGGGAGAACCGCCGCCUCACGGGUCUCAUUGACCAGCAGAAGGAUGAUGUUGCCCGUCUUACUCUUCGUUUGUCUGGCACCGAGAAGCAACGUGAUGAUGCCCUCGAGGCUCUUGUGCUGCAACAGGAGAUCGCAGAAGAACUGGAGCGCGAGAGGAAACGCAACCAGAAGGAGCUCUCGUCAUUACAACACAGCAAUUCUUCUCUUUCGCGCCAACGCGACGACGCUCAGCGGGUUGUCUUGCACCUGCGUAGCCUGAUUAACGGCCAAACCCAUCACAUGGAGCACAUUGUCCGCUCAAUUGGCAGCUCUGCCGAACUGAGCGAACUGGUUGAGCAAGAAGUUGUGGAAGAGAACGAGGCUCAAGAAGCUGCCGACGUCACCCAAGAACCGAGUGUCGAUCGCAGCACACCGACAAAGGAUAAUAUGAGGGAUAUGAAUCCAGAGCUGGAGCAGCACCUCCUGAACAUUGGUAAAGGACAUCGCCGCCUUGCUCGGCUUAGCAUAACUGAUGUAGCAGAUCGCUACCUGCGCGACAAGACGGAUGCGAUUUCGGACAUCAUCCGUAGCAUCAGCGAACAAUGCGCUGCCGCUGUCGAGGGCCUGCACCUUGCCCAAGAUGCCGAGGAUGAUGAGGACGAGGAUACUGGCAAAGCGGGCCGGGGCGGUAGCCACGUUGGUCUGGAUUUGGAGAGCCGCAGGACCCAUUCUCCCUGUGACGGCAGUGAAAUCGGUGAUGGUGAGAACAACUCCCUGCACCCUGAUCAUCGAGGCUCUAGCGUCCCUCCCACACCCGACCUGGUACACAACCGGUCAAGCACCUCGAUGUCGAUGGUGAGUAGCUCCACAUUUCCCGAAAGGUCGAGCCAACAGUACGGGCCCGGGGAGAUCCCCACCCGGAUAGUGGAGGACGAUGAUGAGCGUAUCCACGAAACGGAUGGGAUUGACGACCAUACCGAGACUGGCACUCUGUCCAAGCAGGCCAGUGAGGACCUCAUGCGGUCCACCCCCCGACUGGUCGCAUAAAACUCCCAUCCAUCGAUGAUGCGACGCUUGAUUUGGACGACUUCGACACGACAUCUGCUCCGCAUUCAAUACUGUCAGAAUUAGAGCGAGUUGUGGCCAAUCCUUGGCACUGUUUUUGGUCUUUUUUUUUUCCCUCUUCCUCCUCUUUUUCUUCUACUUCUUCUUUCUUGGAUAUUCCCACUUUUGUCGUGUGUGAUUAUACGGAUGCAUUUUUUUUUUUUUUUUAAUUUUUU